GUAACAUGUUUAUUAAUGUAUUGUUCACGAUCGGGUUGGGCUUGGUGUCGCUCAGUUCAUUGUGGCGUGACGAACUCACCAGCUAGGUUUUUAGUUACUACAGUUUACCUCCUAUAUCAGUAAAAAUGAAUUUCGGAGCAAAACCGUCCCCAAUUUCCAAUACGGAUCUGACCAGAGAGAAGAUAUAUAGUUGGAGCAAUGACCUGGAGAAACAGGGGAAGAGCAAUGUCGACGUGUAUGGUAGAGGACCAGCAGACCAGCUGCAGGAGUUGGAGAAAGUUAGAAGCAUCAGCAGGCAAUUGCAGCAGAGCUUGACUGAGUUAGAGAACACAAUUCGCGUCCCGGACGUGGAGAACGAAGCCAUGAACCCAACCGCUCCCAUUCUGGACUUCUCGGAAGACCACGAGUUCGUGUCUGCCAAUCAACUGAAUGACUAUUAUGCCCAGGAAGAUGAGGCUGACGCCAAGGAAGAGGAGAAGAGGAGACUCACCAAGGGUAACGCUCCGCGAACAGAUAUCCAGCAGUUUUAUAAGGAUCAGUGUGUGUUUGUUACGGGUGGUACUGGGUUUUUGGGCAAAGUGCUUAUUGAGAAGCUACUCCGAGCAUGCGGUGAUCUGGACACCAUCUACGUUCUGGUCAGGCCGAAGAGAGGAGUUCCACCUCACGAGCGACUACAGAGUAUGCUGGAUGACUUUUUAUUUCACCGGGCUAAUAAAGAGAAUCCAAAAGGGAUCUAUAAGGUGGUACCAAUUAUUGGAGACAUGCAGAAACCGGGACUGGGCCUGAGUAACGAAGACCGAAAACUUCUCACUUCCAGGGUUAGCAUCAUCAUAAAUUCGGCAGCCACAGUAAAGUUCGACGAGAAGCUGUCAACGGCAGUUGGCAUCAACGUAAAGGGAACCAAGGAGGUGCUGCAGCUUGCUAAGGAGUGCAAGAUGCUGAAGGCCUUCACUCACGUGUCCACAGCCUUCUCGCAGACACACAUGCAGAAGAUUGAAGAGAAAUUCUACGAGCCUCCAAUGUCGGUGAGUGCUGUCGAGGCUGUCGCAGAACUGGAUGAUGACCUGAUUGAGUCCAUUCUACCCGCUAUUCUCGGCAAACGUCCAAAUACAUACUGCUUGACAAAGGCGAUCGCGGAAGAGGCUGUGCGGAAGUGUGGUGAAGGGAUGCCGAUAUGUAUCUUCAGACCUUCGAUAGUGAUAUCAACGUAUGAAGAGCCAGUGCGAGGAUGGACAGACAGUGUGUACGGACCCACAGGCCUUGUGGUUGGCAUCGGUACCGGGGUUCUGCGCACGAUGUACAUGGACUUAGAGAAGGUUGCUGAUAUGGUUCCAGUGGACCUCACAGUCAACGCCAUUAUAGCAUCCACUUUCCAGACAGCGCAGCACUUCAAGGAAAACCAAACAUCCAACAUUCCGAUAUACAACUUCGUGUCUGGUGCUCAGCAGCCAGUUACUUGGGGAGAAUUUAUAGAAUCCAACAGAAGACACGGUACCAAGAAACCAACCACUAAAGCAGUCUGGUACUAUGGUUUAAACCCUACACGUAACUACUACAUGUUCCUGUUCUACAACCUCUUUCUCCACUACCUUCCUGCCUUACUUAUCGAUUCCUUCUGCGUACUCACUGGAAGAAAGAGAAGCAUGUUGAAGUUUUACAACAAGAUCACAAAACUCGCCAACAUACUGUUCUACUUCUCGACUCAAGACUGGCAGUUCAGUGAUGCCAACGUGCAGCAGAUGUGGCAUUCGAUGUCCAGCGGUGACAAGACAGUGUUUCCCUUCAACAUGGCUGACAUGUCCUGGGAGUAUAUGGCUGAGACUUUCUUAUUAGGCUUACGUGUGUAUCUGGUGAAAGAUGACCUAUCGUCUCUUCCUGAAGCCAAAAAGAAGUGGAACAGGUUGUUCUGGAUGCACCAGUGCCUAAAAGUGAUGACCUACAGUUUGGUGUUGUACCUAGGCUACCUGGUCUUAAGUUUUUUGGGCUCAAUUAUUUUUGGUUUAUAGAGUUUUGUUUGAAAGUUUUCCGCCAUGUUUGAUUUUUCUGGGACAACCCCACUCUGAAGAGUUUUAAUUUAAACAGAGUUUCUAAAGCCAAAUAGAAUUAUCGCUUACUACGAAUGACACGUCUUCAUUCAGUGAACGCUACCAUAUAAUGCGUUAAUUUCCCUCCCCGCAGACGAACGCGGGUGAUGUUAUCCAUUUGUCGCGGUAAACAUGUUAAGAUGUAUUUUUUUAAACUGUUAAGCCACGCCCCUAAGCUAAAAAAGCUAUUGCUCUUAGGUAGUGCGGUAUCUAGUUGGAGCGCAGCGGCGAUCAAUCUUUAAUCGCAAGCUUCAGUAUAUUUUUAAUGCAUUUUCAAAAAUACAAGACAAUCUUAUAGGAAAAAUGGUUUUGACAUUUUUGAGUUUUAAACCACGGACGAGUAAAAAAAGAAGGACUCCGCGCCGUGAUAUUAGCAAGUGAAGCACCGUUAUGCUAGUGUGUGUGCAGUUACUGGGGAUACUAGUUACACAAUUUUUUCUCCCUUAAAUAAUCAUAUAUGGCCACAAAUACUUAUUUAGUAAUGUUUUUACAUUUUUUCACAACGCACGACGGCAUUUUUUGAAUAUUUUAUUGACGCAAACUGAUCUAUCACAGACGAUGACAAUUCUCAUAAUGACCGCCUGUCGGCCUGUAGUAGUGUGUGCGUGCGUGCUAUUAUGUAUUUACAUGUUAAUCGGCUUGUUUUGGUGCUACACUGUUAUGUAAGGUGACACGUAGUCCUUAUUUUUUUACUGGUUUUUUUUUAAUUUAGUUGUUAAUAAUAGUGCAGGUAUUAUUUAGUUAAAGUUUGGAAAAAGAUUAGGGGCAUUUGCAUUUCUAUUUUUUAAGUUUUAGUCUAAUUAAUUAGUUUUUAAGUACUUAGUAGGUACCUAUUCGUUCGGUUUUUAAGUACUUAUCUAAUUAUAUGAAGACAAUUUGUUACUAUUAAGUGAUUCUUCAAUUCAGGGAUUAAAUAUUAAAAAUAAUUUUCAUUUCUCAUACUCGGAAAUUAAUGUUGUUUUGAUCUGAUUAUUGGGUGAAAAAUGCUGCUUGCCUCCAUAGAGAGGGAAAAACUCAUAUAAAAUACUUCCCAACUAAGGGCCGGAGUGAACUUUAAAAUUAGAACUGCUGUCAGCUGUGAGGUUUUUUAUGUAAAAACAAAACUAAAUUAAAAAAAUGCAGCGGCCAUGUGACUUUCUAAGCAGCCAGUGUGAACUUAGCGCAAUCUUCUUUGAGCGGAAUAAGCCGCAACUUUUACGCGGUGAGUUACAUAUUUAAAAUUUAAAAAGUCGACACAAAUUGGCGGGAUACUAAUCUGUGCUCAGAGAAACAACUAGUUUUAUUUUCCUCAUAUUCGAAAUGAAUAGUAGAGUUUUUAACACGGGUAAAAGAAUCAAUUCUUUCUCGGGCUAUAGAACCCUAAAAGAAAGUCUAUAUGCCACGGGAAUUGAUUGUUUCGACCCUCGGUUAACAAUCUACUAUUUUAUACAUGAACUACGUUAAUAUUAUGUUAGCUUCUUUGAAGGUAUUUGAAUAUUAAGCCACUAGCUAAGAUGAAUGUCUCAAGUUGUAGGCAGUCGAAAGAAGCCAUACCUGCACUUUUGCCCAAACUGACACGUAGACUUAUCAGCCUCAACAGACAUGACAUCUGUAUAAUGGUGGGCACUGGAAUAUGCGGAGGUGGCCAACCAACGGGCAAAAACCUUAACUAAUACGAGGUCGCUCCAGGAAGUCUGCGAACACCCCAAGAAUGUUCUGAACUUCUGGAUGGAGCUGGGCUGGUUGGAGUAACUAGCCAAUACUGCACGCAAAAUGGACCCAUACUUGUGGUUUAAUUGCGGAAACAGGAGCCCCUAUACUAUACCACUAGCUAACGCAGACAUUGAAAAAUCAAAUUUGAUCACACAUUAUCGGGGUGGCAAGUCGUCUUUUCCCUAAUAUAUCAUUUUAGUACUUAUGACAAACUUCAUAAGUAUUUGAUUAAUUUAUUUUUUCGCAAGUGUUUAAGUUCUUGCAAAAAAAUCCUCAAAAUAUAAUUAAUUACUUACUUAUUAAUUUUUCCUCAGGUAGGUAGGUAAGUAAUAUUAAGAAGGCAACUUUAAGAUAGAUUUCGAUGUAGUAGGUAUUAUUAUAUACUAGAUUGAUAAGCGUUUAUGUAAGUUGUACUGUGAUAAAUAAAAUCAAUAAACCA